GCAAGCAGGCGGAGCAAUGUUGCCUUCAUUUCCAUCCAGUCAGACUGAAGGAGAGGCGAGCUGUGGAAGCAGAUGUGAACUGGACUACGAAAAGAGGACAAGCUGUAGUAAAGACGGGAAACCCUUUGAUUCUCUUAAUAUGUGGCAGCCCGCGUCGGAGCGAUUGCAGCACUUCCAGACCAUGCUGAAGACCAAGCUGAAUGUGCUGACACUGAGAAAGGAGCCGUUGCCCACGGUCAUCUUCCAUGAGCCUGAGGCCAUCGAGCUGUGCUCCACCACGCCGCUUACGAAGAGCAGGACUCAUGCUGGAUAUAAGGUGACCUACUUGGGCAAGGUGACUAUCUCGGGGACCCAAUUCCUGUCUGGCUGUACAGAAUCGGCCGUGGUUGGCCUAGUGGAGCGCCGUGCCCUGGCCCAGCAGCAGGGAACCCACACUGCGGCCAACUCCCUGCUGGAGAUCCGACCCUUCCAGGUGCGUCUCCACCACCUAGAUGAGCAUGGUGAGGCCUCGGUAACCAUGGACACCUACCAAGUGGCACGGAUUGCCUAUUGCACGGCCGACCACAGUGUCAGCCCCAACGUAUUUGCCUGGAUCUACCGGGAGAUCAACGAUGACCUGUCCUUCCAGAUGGACUGCCACGCUGUGGAGUGUGAGAGCAAGCUGGAGGCCAAGAAGCUGGCCCACUCCAUGAUGGAGGCUUUCCGCAAGACUUUCCGCAGCAUGCGCAGUGACGGGCGCAUCCACAAGAGUGGCUCGUCGGACGACUUUGCCGAGGACUCAUCCACCCCUGAAGAUUCCACCCCAGAUGACGGCUGAAUGACUCGCGCACACCUAAAACUCCUGGCCCCCAGCCCUGCAAAGGGUGGGGAGACUGGAACGUUGGACAGAUUACCUGCCCUCUCUCAUUCUCUCUUACUAUCUCUCUUUCUGUUAUCAACAUGGAACAAAAAUAACUGACCCCUGCGGACCAACACACCAAGGGUAAUGAAGUAGCUUUUAAAUAAAGGGAAAGUAGAGGAAAACAGCAUAACAAGAGACCUACCUUUCCAUACAGGGAUAGCAAAGUGCUGCCUCUUUGAGUAAAUGGCCCUCAAAGACCUACAGGGGCCUUUUCACGCACCUCCAUAAAUGCCCAUAAGAGAUUGAGUAGACAUUUCCAUUUUCAUCCUCCAACGCUGUCACUCCUGCAUCCAGCAGAGACACUACUUGCGGUUCUUAAGCUUUUUCAGCCCGGGCCCAGCAAAUUUUAGUCCCUUCUUCUUGGACCCAGGCUCAUGAAAACCUACUGCUACUCUUGCCAUGUGGGGACCCACCAGAAAUAGGCCUGUGACCUGUUUUGAGGGGCCCCAACCCAGAGUUUAUUAAAGUUGACUGUUGAGUACAUAAAAUCUUUUAAUGUUUAGUUAUGUUGAUCUCUGUUACAAUGCCUUUUAGCUAGGUAAUAGCAAAUGAGGAUGUGAAAUGAAAAGUUAAGCCUUUCAUCCUUGUUCAUAUCACGAUGGUACUUUAGUCCAAGUUGAACCCCAAAACUAUUUGCCAAUCUCUGGCUUUACACAUGUGGACCAUGGAGCCAGGACUUCUACCUGUAUCUCUGCUUAAUAGCUACUUAAAACAUAUCCUCAUGAUUCUGAACAUAAACAUAUAUGUGUAAGGCACCUGAGAGAAUAUGGGUGCUGAUGUUUUUAUAUAGAUGUUACAUUUUAGAGGUUCUCACUAGGCUGUAAGACUGGGCCUGUCUGCACGAUAACAGCGACACCUUAAUCAUCCACAUCUGACUUCUGUUUUGAGUAUACCAAAAGUCAGGCUGUAUUUUGCCUGCCAAAUUAUGUGCCUCACUCUCCUCUCACAUUAGGUUGGUCUCUUACCCAUGUCCCAAUCUGUUGUGUGGGUGCGUGUGUGUUUGUGUGCGUGCAUGUGUAUGCAUAUGUGCCAACAUAUUUUUGAAGUGUCUAACUGUAACUGCUCAGUUCUGUGCUUAAUGUGUAUGAAUGUACACGUGACUGCUUGCAUUUCUGAGUGAGUAAGAGAGAGGGUGGGGGAAGGACAGAGAAGUGUGUGUGCUGGGAGGGGAGGCGCUGAUGUGGUCUUAGCUGAGAGUGAAGACUUAUCACUGCCCCGCAGCAUCCCUUUUUGAUGCUUUGCGAGGCAUUUUUAAAUCAGACAUGGUACUGUGACCAUUUGCCAAGUUUUAACUUUUGUUACUUUUCUCUUGUAUGAAAUGAACAAGAGUCUGAAUGUGACAGUCCCAGAAAUGCUGAGGUUGUAGGACCCGAAAAACACAGCCGUCCGAGAGAACGUUUGACGCCUCCUGGCCUCUGCUGAAUGUAUGAUCAGUCCAAUGCGCUGCAAGCUCCUCACAUCCUCUCCAGUCACUUUGAUGUUUCCAUAUCGCCUCAUGCUAUAACAGUUACACUUCUCUGUAGUGGCAUCGGCUGGGCUCUGUGUACCUGCAGAAAGACAGCUGCAGGGACUGGGGGGGUGGGGCUUGGUCACCGAGGUUCUGUCAGUGAGUCAGUGAGCAGUUGCACACAGCUCCACUGCCCUGCGUUGCCUCUCUGAGCGACUGAGGGGCCAUGCUGGGGCAACUAGAGACACCUGUCAGAGCCGUGUGCCACCUUCUCUUUUUUAACGGGACUAUUGAACAGACUGGACUUUAUCAGUGGGGCAAGGACUUUGGGAAAGACUCAAGCAGAGUGAUCAGAUGGCUGCAGUCAGCACACACACACAAACACACACACACACACAACACACAUACACACAUGCAUGCACACACAUGCAUACAUACAUAAACACACACACAUAUUGUAUUUGAAUCUUGCUCAAUAAGCUUAUGUAAAUACAAAUGUAUCACUUUCCAAAUAUUACAGCAUAAAUGUUGAUAGCUAUUUUAAAUAAUAAAAAAAUGUCAAGAACCAUCA